CAGGGAGGCAGGAAGAACAGCUUCAGACAGUGCCUGGGAGGCUGAGCGCUCUGGGCAGAGCUUUGGGGCGUGUGGCACAAAAGAUGCUGGGGACGUGACGUGAAAACAAGACAGACAAAAGUCCUUGCCCUUAUGGAGUACGCAUUCUAGCAGAGGAAAGAGAUGGUAAACAAAUGAAUAACAUCUAUAAUGCACCUCCUACCAUCUGGCCUCCCUCCCUUCCCUAGAGGGCGAGCUCCGUGAGGUCAGAGCGUUUCGUCCGUCUUCCUCUUAAUGUCCCUCACCUGGAAACAUGCCUGGAACACAGCAGGUGCCCAGACACUGAAGAGCAAUUUGAAGUUGUUUCCAAAUGAAAAGUUAAAAUAAACGAAAUGCCUCGCUGCUUCUGGCUGACUCCCACCAGCCUGCAGGACGCAUUCUGGACAAGCUCCUGCGGAACUCCUGGGACUGUCUGGGCACGGGGGGCCUCCUUUGUGCCCCCACUGCCCCAGGCCUCUGACUCUCUUUUCUGACUGUAUCUGUGCUUUAUCUCUUCUUGCCCUGGAGGUCCCUUAGACCAGGGGUCCUGCCUGGAUCGCGCAGAGCAAUCUCUGGAAACACAGUGAAUCUCCUCCACAACAGCAGUGUCUUUGGGGGCACAGCUCAACCCCACCUCUUCACCUAGGGUUCAACCAAACAAACGGUGGAGUUUGGCUGUUGUAGGCACACCUGGCUGGGUGGGACCCACAACAACCAGGAGUCAGGUCUGCAGGGGGUUUCCUGGGGGGUCUUGGAGAAAGUAUUUACUGUUUAGGGCUGACCUGAGGACCUGAUCCUCGAGAAGUAACCUUGCUAAAGAGGCCUCUCAAUGGAGGAAAUUCCCUCUUACAUCUUAGAUGUCAGUGGUGUGCUCAACAGUCACCAGAAGGGAGGUGUGGGAUACCCAGACCCAUGCCCCCACCCCCAGAGCACAGUGGACCCGUCCAUGCUCAAGGAUCAGAACGUUGGGAAUGUUGGAGGAAUAAUGAGCCAUAUUGCUAGGGAGGAUGGACAUUCAAGAUGUCAGGAAGAAUUUGCCAGGAAUGAUGAAACUUUUUUCCUUUAGUUUUCUGCUGAACUAAGGUUGUAGUUAUAUGUGUGGGUGAUGCCAUUCAGGGUUCCAAGAUGCCAGCUCUUCAGGAUGGGGGUCUGGGACACCUGUGUCCCAGCAUGGGAGCAGUCCUGGCUCUUUUCCUCCUUUCUCAUCUCCUGAUGUGGGUAGAGCGCCCCCUUGGGGUGAGGGAUGUAUGUGACUGGACAGGAAGGGGCUGAGGAGCUCCGGGUCUGGCCAGAGCUCCAGGAUCCAGAAGAGAAGGCAGGGGCCUGGCUGGCCUGCUGGGGGCGGGGCCUGACCGGGAGUGCCUUACCCGGAAGGGAGGGCAAAGGGCCCUGUCCUCUGUCUGCCACACCCCGCCGACAAGAGUCCCAGUCACCAGGCCAACCUGUCUGGGGCCGUCGAGAGACCCCAGAAUCCCAGGCGGCUGGAGCACUGGGGGACACCCAGACAGAGCCCUCGCUGGACCAAGUCCUCCAGGAGCGGGAUGAAGCCAUUGCCAAGAAGCGGGCAGUGGAGGCUGAGCUGGACACAUGCAGAGCUAAGUUGCGAGCUGUGGAGGCCCAGCUGCUGGAGGUCCUGGAGGAGAAACUGAGACUGAGGCAGGAGGUGGAGGCCUGGGAGGAGGACAUGCAGCAGCUGGUGAGGCAGCGGGUCGAGAGUCAGCUGCAGAGAGAGUCCAGGGGCACUCUGGGAGACCCCGUGGACCCCGGAACUGCCAGGGCCCCGCGGGUCCGAUUCCCCCUGGGUCGGUGGGGACGAUGGCGGUGAGCGAGCUCAGCCCAGGACCUUGGGAACAGUGUCUUUAUUCAUUAAAGCUUGAGGUCUGACCCUCUGUACCCUCACGCCCUCA